AAUGGAUUUUGAGGCAGCGUACAACCGGCUUGUAGAACAGCACCUGGUGACUCUGGAGGGUGGAGAACCAGAUAAGGCUCUGCGCGCCGACAUCUCACCUAGCUUUCAGCGGAAGCUGUACGAGCGAUGGGUGAAGGCCCAGAUGAAACUGCGCAAGCAACAUAUUCACUCGCGCUUUGGCCCUCGUCUACCUAGUGAGGAGAAGGUCAGCAAGUGGAUCUCUGAUCAGGGAUGGAGGAGCAACAUACCCAGUGCAGCCCAGUUCGUCAAAGAAUGGAAGCCCCAUGGAUCCGUGGACAGCGCAUUGGAUGCUAAACAGAUCCGGAGACUCACAAGGACCCAGAGGUGGAAAGGACUUGUUGUGACGGAAGAUGGAGGGAAGGGCAAGGGCGUCAUUGCCACCCGAAGAUUUCUGGCUGGUGAGGUGGUGUGUGACUACCACGGGCAGGUCGUCACAGCCUCAGAGGGACACAGCACUCACAGCACUGUGAGUGCGGAGGACGGUGUUCACGUUUUUUUUUUCUCGAAAACAUGAAUGGACAGGAUAUAUGCAUUGAUGCACAUUCGCCUUGCUGUGAGUGCCAUCCAGACCGACAGACUUUUGGGCGGUUAAUCAACCACUCAAGGAAACGUUGCAACCUGAGUGUAGCCCAGGCUUAAUAACGAGAAACACUAUUUAGCUGUCUAACCAAGUCACAAAAGGGUUAACUUUGAUUUUCUUGUUAUCUUUGAUGGAUUUGUACAUGAACAAAUGGGUGAACUCUAUGAGGCAGUGAACUGACCAAUCAGCUGCCAGCUAGGCUCUGUUACAGUUACACCUCUAGGUUAGUGUCUCUGCACGUUCUUUUGGCGCUUGCACCUGAGCAUAGGAGGCUGCGUUACUCACUUGGUCCGGUUUUGGUAAAGAGUUGGAAACAUCGUGCGGAGAUCCUUUCCACGGAAUGAUACAGAUCCCCACGUUCCAGGCGUUCUCCCAGAGAUUCAUAGAUUCCCAGUCCGGGGGGCUGGGUGGCGAGCCAACCGUGUUUGUGACUCUGACUUUAGACGAAUUGCCAGGAUCAUCUUCUUCAUCUUCAUGGUGGUAGGACAAACACUAACACAAACUAAAAAGGGCCCAACGUUGGUGACUGAACUUUUGUCAACAAAGGCAAGUGAAACUGAGGACGAACUAAGCUCAAGGGAAUUUAAAAAGGGAUUUAUUUACGUGCUACUUUAUUAUUUUGGUUUGUUAUUUUUUUCCAUAACUUUUUUUGUAUAUGUAUGUACCAGCCCAUGUGUGUUUAAUACAUUUUAUGCAAAUUGUCAUUCUGGUGUGGUAUUCUUUUUAUUGACCUUCAAUUCUCAGGCUCUUAACAAUUUAGCAUCUUCUGAUUCUGGUCCAUAUUCAUUUUACUGAUAACCUCUAAGACUACUUUAGACUACUACACCUAUGUACAUUCUUACUACCUCGUAAUAAGGGUUACAUGAGGCCCAGAGCAUACACUCUUCAAAACGGGGAAGCAAUUAUUAUUUUCCUGGCCACAAAGAACAUUAAAGAAAAUGAAGAACUUUUGUUUGAUUAUGGUGUUGAAAGAAGGUCUUUUAUAGGAAAGGGUUUAAACCUCCUUUGGGUAUGAAUGUGUAAAUACAUGUGAAAAUUCGUGUAAAUACUAGUGUAAAAAAAAAUAUGUAGAAUGUGCAUAAAUACGGCCCGUAUUACUUAUCUUCUUUUUUUUAAUGAAUGAGUUUUUCAAUGUAAAUAAACUUGCCUUGGCUUCUGACUAGUUUAUAUUAAUAUGCUCACUAGAUAUGUGUCACUAGAUAUAUCACUAAUAUGUGUCACUAGAAUACCGGUGUAAAUGUGAAAAUACUCCUCUUUAAAAAAAAAUUGCAUUUGUAUGAGUGUAUAAAUCAGUUUUGGAACAAGAAUGUAAGUUUACCCUGUAACGAUGUGCUCCCAGUUUAUUUAUUAUUGGUGUGGUUUGGUGUAUAUUGGUUUAUUUCCUAUACAAGAAAGUCUUUUAUAGCAAAUGGGGUUAGACUUCUUUUGGUUAUAAAUGUGUAAAUGCAUGUAUAAAUGUGUGUAAAUACUCCUCUGUAAACAAAAUGUGUAUGUGCAUGAGUGUAUAAAUACAAUUCAUAACAGGAAUUUAAGUUUACACUGUGAAGAUGUGCUCAAAGUUUGUUACUGAUGUAGCGUCAUUCCUUGUAGACUUUCACUCAUAUCACUUAUUAGCUGUCUGUUACUAGCCCUUUGACGAGCUGUGCCUUCCAUGAAAUGCAUCAGCUGCCCAUUAAAAAUGUUGUUGAUGUCACUUGUUGUGACAUUUUUGUUGAUUAGCUAGACAGAAGGAGACCAGAAGUUUUUACUGAAAAUAUCUACCACCAACCUGCACAUACAUGGUUGAUGACCCUGAUUCUGUUACUCAGCUCACAGUCCGGAGCGAGAUCCUGCAGGAUGUCGGGUGGUGAUGAAUUCUGAUGGCUUGCUCUCGGUGUCUUAGAUAGGGAUACGUAGUGCAAGUCCAAACUCAGACUCCUUACUGGGUGGCUUAUUCCUGUUCGCAGCGGUCAGGUUGACUUAAAGACAGAAGGACACCAGAAUUUUUAAAGGACUGAAAAGGUCUACCUCUAAUAAACCAUGAGCACAUCUUAGCUAGUGACAAUGGGACAUUUUUCCUAUGAAAUGUAGAAGUGAUCUCAAAAUUUAAACAAUUGCUGAGAUUAAUAGAAAUAAAUUGUUGAAUAUCGA